AUGAUUACUAUACCUCUUUCGAAAGAAAAUUUUAACCAAGUGAUCCCAAUCCCUACUCUUCAAGAUUUGGCGGCUAAUUCAUCAAAUUCAGAUCAACAAUCAAAUAAUAUAGAAAAUGAUAUUGAUUAUUUACUUCAUUGGUUAAGUCCAUUUUGGCCAGACAAUAGGGUGUUUAACGAGCCAUCUCAAAGGGUCAAAUCUGCUGUUAGGAGCUGUCUCAGGGACGAGUCUAGUCAAUUAGAUUUCGUUAAGUUGUACGGAAAUUCGAUCAAACCAAGAUUUUUUGAAGAACUAUCACCAGUACUAUUGGAUGAUAGGGUUUUAUUAACUGAAGCGAUAGAUAAAAUUAAGUUUAUAAAAGACUACUACAACCAAUACAUCAAGUAUUUGAAUUUAAAUAAAUUGCCUUAUGAUAUACUUAAUAGGAAUCUAAAUUCGUUGUUUCAUUCAAUAUUAGUCGAAAAUAAGCAAUCCAAAUUCAUAAAAAACUUGACUAAUUACUUAUAUGAAAUGUUGUUCGGUGAUGAAAAAUGCCUACAUGGUUCUGUCCAUGGCUACAUUCUGGUUUUGUUAUCGAUUGAAUUAAUCGAUGAAUUAAAUUCAAUAAUAAUACGCUUGUCAAUUAAACAGAUAAAAGAUUAUAUACUUGCCACAUGCACAAAAGUAUGGGAUAAACCAUUGUUAGAAGAGAUUAACUGUUGGAUUAAACUGGAUUUAUUUCCCAGUUUUAAUUUGAUAAUGAGGCUAUCAAACUUUGAUUUCUCAGAGAAGUAUUUGUACGAUUUAAUCAAGAUUGCACAUGAUGAACUAGUCUCAUUAAGAAUUAAAGAAAUAUUUGGCUUAGUGGUGGAUUAUCCAAAUUCCUAUAUUGCAUUAUCAGAAUUACAUCAAUGUCUACUGUUCAAGUUCAACUCUCAUAAUACCGGUACCAAUAUAUCUAACUUGAGCACUGUUAUUAAUUCUAACAUAAAUACAUCUGAGAUUGAUUCGGCAAAUUCAUUAAUAACUAUUUCGAAUUUCUCAUCUAUACUUAUAAACAAUUCAGCGAAUUCUCAAGCAUAUCAAAGAGCUAAGUUGGUAGAUACAUUUAUACAAUUAUGUCAUGAAGAAUUACUUCAUUCUGGAGCAAAUACUGUGAAUGUCAUUACCUGUUACACAUCUACAAUCAAAUCAUUUUUGAUUAUUGAUCCUAAGGGUGUGUUACUCGAUAGAGUAGUGAGACCAAUCAGAAGAUAUUUGAAAACAAGAGAAGAUAUUAUUAUUAAACUAGUACAUGGCUUAUUGGACCAAAGUGAAAGCAACGAUUUACUCGAAUUAGCUCAAGAAUUAAGAAAUGGGACGAAAAAAACGGUUAUAGCCGAUGAUCUUAUGGAUUUAACUUGGGUCCCUGAUCCUAUUGACGCAUUGCCUGACUUCAAAAAGAGUAAAAUGACCGAUAUAAUAGAAUCAUUAAUAUCAAUCUUUGACCUGAAAGAAAUAUUUAUUAACGAGUUCACUCAAUUAUUUGGUGAGAGGUUGAUUAAUUUGCACGAUUAUGAUGUCAAAGAUGUAACUGAUCAUUUAGAUCUACUAAAAUUACGAUUCGGAGAAAACGAAUUCACAACGUUAGAUAUUAUGAUUAAAGAUAUCGAACAAAGUAAAAUAACAAAUGAAAAAAUAAAUUACAGAAAUGAAUACUCUUUUCAUUCUACAAUUCUUUCCCAUUUAUACUGGCCAACAGUUUGUGAAAAUGUUUCCCAUAAUGAUAGCUUCAAAUUACCUGAUACUAUUUCGAAUCAGUUUGAAAAGUUUGAUAAAGAAUUUGCUGGAGUUAAAAAGGGUCGAGGCUUGAAGUUACUUCCUAGUCUCGGCUUGGUCAGACUUGAAUUACUGAUAAGAAAUACGAAAUUACUGUUUGAAGUAACACCUGAUAAAGCGUCCAUAAUAUCAUUAUUUCAUGACAAGGUUGAUGAAUUGAGAUUGACAAAUAUAGCUAGUCAGUUAGAUAUGCAGCCAUAUGUUGCUUCAAAAGCUAUAGACUACUGGAUAAAGCAGAAUGUUUUAACGGAAACAUCUAAAGGAAUAUACAAGGUAAACGAAUGA